AUGGCGUAUCACUGGGGCCAGAUGUUGAGCCUGGGCUGGCUCGAGCGUGCUCGAUUAAAUGGAGAGGUGUCGGGCGACCUUCUCACGUGGCGCCAGAAGACGUUCUCAUACUUCAAGGAUAUCGGAAUAAAUGGCCCGAAGCCGAACUUGCUCUGGGGAAACUUAGCCGAAUACCACGGAAAGGGUCUCGUAAAAGCCCUGACAGAAUGGUGCAACAAGUAUGGAGACGUGUUCGGUUUCUACAACGGAGACGUGCCAACAUUGGUGAUAAAGGACAUCGAAUUUCUCACCUAUGUCUUUGUGAAAAACUUCCAAGACUUCAGCUUCCGAGGGGUCACCAUGAGGACGGACGAAGAGCACAGCUUCCUGGGACAAAGUCUCUUCCAUGCACGCGGGCUCCAGUGGAAGCGGACUCGCAGCUGUGUUUCCUGCGCCUUCACGACCAACAAGUUCAAGCAGAUGGUUCCAUACAUGUCACAAGUGGCCGACAUAUUCGUCCAAAUACUGGGUGAGAAAGCGGACGAUGGCAAAGAGUACCCGAUGCUGCGUCUCUUCCAAGGCCUGACCAUGGACUACGUGGGUCGGGCAGCGUUCGGCUUCGAUUGCACUUUCCAGCGUGACCUCACGCAUCCGUUCCUUAAGACAGCACAGAGCGUACUGCCUGGUGUCAUGACCGGACCUUUGCACAUGCUUUCCCAUAGCACUACGACGAUGUCUAAGUACAUGGCGCCGAUACUUUGGUUGAACGAAAAGCUUGGCUCAUUUACUUACGACAUAUUCAACAAACACACAUCAAAAGUGAUUCAGCUUCGCCUGAAAACUCCCGAGGCAAAGAAGCCAGACAUGCUGCAGGCGAUGCUUGAUGUUGAGAGUGAGGAAGGGGAGCUACCGGAAGCACCGCAACUUCUCGAUGCUGACGCAAAGCUUUUCAAAAGAAUGAGUCCCGAAGAAGUUGGCAUCAAUACUACCAUUCUCUUCAUCGCUGGGUUCGAGACAACAGCCACGGGGCUAAGUUACCUCACCUACGUUCUCGCUAAACAUCAGGACAUUCAGGAAAAUGUCCGGGAGGAAGUGAAAUCUGUUAUGGAACGCUAUGGAAAACUGGAUUACACGUCAAUAACGCAAGGCCUAAAAUACUUUGCCAGAGUUGUCGACGAGACCCUUCGCAUGUUCCCGCCCGUCGUAACUUUCACAACCCGAAGCGCAGUUCAUGACUUCGAGUAUAACAGCAUCAAGUACAAGGCGGGUACAAGCAUUAUGUCACCAACGCUUCAGGUCCACAUGGACCCUCGCAUCUUGCCUGAGCCAGAAAAGUUUGACCCCGACAGCUUUUUGCCGGAGAACGUUGCUGCAAGGCCAACAAUCGCAUACCAGCCAUUUGGUGAUGGCCCACGUAACUGCAUCGGCAAGCGUCUAGCGCUUUUUGAAAUCAUAUACACGGGUGCAAGAAUGGUCGAGAAAUUCCAGCUGACAUUGGGAGAGUCUCAGAAGGUCGGCCGUUUCCACGCACAACACAACUAUUUCCGCGAUUUCGUCGCUGAAAUUCUUGAAACCAUUCUAAAUAAGGUGAUCGGCCCCAAAAGACUUUUCGGCUUCCGCGAAACAACUCCAAUCCACGCCACAAAGGAGAAACGUGACCACAGCACCAAGCGAAAGAGCCGCGGUGGAGCUGGAUCUCUUGUCAUUGCUCAGUUACGAGACGAUCAGUUGGACUACGAUCACGAUUAUCGUCGCCUAUGCUCUCUUCAGACUGGUCAGGGCAAACUGGAUUGCACCGCUAUAGCGCAAGGCCUAAAAUGCUUCGCCAGAGUGGUGGACGAGACUCUUCGCAUGUUCCCGCCCGUCGUAACUUUCACAACCCGAAGCGCGGUUAAUGACUUUGAGUAUAACGGUAACAAGUACAAGGCGGGUACAAGCAUUUCAUCACCAACUAUACAGAUCCACGUGGACCCUCGCAUCGGGCCUGAGCCAGAAAAGUUUGACCCCGACAGCUGCUGUAGGUUUUCGCCAGAGGACGUUGCUGCAAGGCCAACAAUCGCAUACCAGCCAUUUGGUGAUGGCCCACGGAACUGCAUCGGCAAGCGUCUAGCGCUUUUUGAAAUCAUAUACACGGGUGCAAGAAUGGUGGAGAAAUUCAAGCUGACACUAGGAGAGUCACAGAAGGGUCGUAUGAAUUUCGACUUCUAUGCCAUGCUCUCAUCGCCUGGUGACGGCCCCUGCACUGUGUUUCACCGACUUUGA